GGGUUUGCCAGUCAGGUGAUCGGUCCGCCAUUUUGUCAGCCAUUUCCUACCCUGGUCCGCUGCAGAUCAGCGCUUACAGAAAGAGCGAAAGCCCUCCUGCACAGGCCGCUGUUCGGGACUGAAUGAGAGACUAGCGCUCCAGCGGGCCGGUCAGUGCUCACAUAAAGCCUGUGUUUGCGGUUCGGUCCGGUAGGACAGGGGGGAAAUCAUCAUGGCUCUGAAGAUCGUGAAGGGAAGCAUCGAUCGGAUGUUCGAUAAAAACCUGCAGGAUUUAGUACGUGGCAUUAGGAACCAUAAGGAAGAUGAGGCCAAAUACAUCUCGACAUGCAUCGAUGAGAUCAAACAAGAACUCAAACAGGACAACAUCGCUGUUAAAGCCAAUGCAGUCUGCAAGCUCACCUACUUGCAGAUGCUUGGCUAUGAUGUCAGUUGGGCUGCGUUCAACAUCGUGGAGGUGAUGAGCUCCUCCAAAUUCACAUACAAGCGAAUUGGCUACCUUGCAGCAUCGCAAUGCUUUCACGAGGGCACUGAUGUCAUCAUGCUGACGACAAAUCAGAUCCGCAAGGAUCUCAGUAGUCCCAACCAGUAUGACACCGGCGUGGCUCUGACUGGCCUUUCCUGCUUCGUGACCCCUGACCUUGCGCGUGACCUGGCCAAUGACAUCAUGACUUUGAUGUCCCACACUAAGCCGUACAUUCGCAAGAAGGCGGUGCUGAUCAUGUACAAAGUGUUCCUGAAGUACCCCGAGUCCCUUCGUCCUGCCUUCCCACGCCUCAAAGAGAAGCUGGAGGACCCAGAUCCAGUGAAGUACUUGGGUCUUCUGGCCAUGUCCAAGAUCUUAAAGACGCAUCCCAAGUCUCAUAAAUGCAAUAUAGCUAAAGUUAGCAAACAGAGAGACUACGCUUCAAUGCAAGAGUCACUUAGACGCUGUGAUUUUUUUGCAGUGAAGUACUUGGGUCUUCUGGCCAUGUCCAAGAUCUUAAAGACGCAUCCCAAGUCUGUGCAGUCGCACAAGGACCUGAUCCUGCAGUGUUUGGACGACAAAGAUGAGUCCAUCCGGCUGAGAGCCCUGGAUCUGCUCUACGGCAUGGUUUCGAAGAAGAACCUGAUGGAGAUUGUGAAGAAGCUCAUGCUGCAUGUGGACAAAGCAGAAGGCACCACUUACCGAGAUGAGCUGCUCACCAAGAUCAUCGACAUCUGCAGCCAGAGCAACUUCCAGUAUAUCACCAACUUUGAGUGGUACAUCAGUAUCCUGGUCGAACUGACUCGUCUGGAGGGCACAAGGCACGGCCACCUAAUCGCCUCUCAGAUGCUGGACGUCGCCAUCCGCGUCAAAGCCAUCCGAGGCUUCGCCGUGGCUCAGAUGGCCACUCUGCUGGACAACGCACACCUGCUGACCGGCAACACGCAGCGCAACGGGAUCUGCGAGGUUCUCUACGCCGCCGCAUGGAUCUGCGGAGAGUUCUCCGAGCAUCUGGAAGACCCCAUGCAGACACUGGAGGCCAUGCUGAGACCCAAAGUGGCCACCCUGCCCGGUCACAUCCAGGCGGUGUACGUACAAAAUGCCGCCAAGCUGUUUGCGACGGUGCUGCAGAAGCAUGAAGGGGAGACGGAGAGCCAGGCUGCGCAGGAGACCAGCCAGCUGCUUAUAGACAGACUGCCGCUGUUCGUCCAGAGUGCCAACCUGGAAGUGCAGGAGAGGGCGUCCUGCAUCCUCCAGCUGGUGAAGUACAUCCAGAAGCUACAGCAGAAGAACGUGGAAGUGGCCGAGGAAGUGACGGCUCUCUUCGCCGGAGAACUCAAUCCUGUGGCCCCCAAGGCCCAGAAGAAAGUGCCUAUACCAGAAGGUCUGGAUCUCGAUGCCUGGAUCAAUGAGCCUCCGUCAGAGAGCGAGUCUGAGGACGAGAAGCCCAAAGCAGUGUUCGCUAAAGAAGAACCCAAGCAUUCCAGAUCAAGACACACCGAGGUUGAUGAGAAAGAGUUGGCCAGGAGGAGGGAAGUCAGAAAGCAGGAACAGGCCAAUAACCCGUUCUACAUCAAGGCCUCACCAUCAUCUCAGAAGGUGUACGACGCGCCAGGUGUAGAACACAUUCCGGUGGUGCAGAUCGACCUUAGUGUGCCUCUCAAAGUCCCAGGGAUGCCCAUGUCCGACCAAUACCUGAAGCUGGAGGAGGAGCGCCGGCAGAAGGAGAAGGCUGAGAGAAAGAAGGAGAAAAAGAAAAAGCGGGAGAAGCGAGGGAAAGAGAGGAAGGCGGAUUCAGGUCCUGAGAGCGAGGAAGACAUAGCGCCCGCUCACCAGGUGGACAUAGUCACAGAGGAAAUGCCAGAGAAUGCCUUACCAAGUGACGAUGACGAUAAGGAUCCCAAUGACCCUCAUAAAGCUCUAGACAUCGAUCUGGACAAUCUGCUAUCUGGUUUUAGCUCAAGGCCGCUUGCAGACAGCGAGAAGCUUCCGGUGAGGACCCACCGUCCAGAGUUGCUGAAGAGCCCUGCCGAGGACAGAGACAGCGAGAGCGUCCCGCAGGAGACCAAGAAGAAGAGCGGUAAAGAGAAGAAAGAGAAGAAGAAAGACAAGGAGAAGGACAGGAAGAGGAGCAAAGAGGAAAAGAAGAAAAAGAAGAAACACAAAGUGGAGGAGGAGCUUCUGGAGUCCCAGCCAGAAGAGGCCGUCCAAUCAGAGGAGACCAAAGAGGCGGCAGCCCCGCCCACAUCCACAUCUGCUGAGGCCUCGGAUCUGGAUUUCUGGCUCUCUAGCGCUCCUGUUCCCCCCGCCGCCCAGGAGGUGACGGCGCCCUCGUCUGCUGCUGCUGCUGUGGACACCAGCUCUGCGACCGCCCCAGAAUCUGAACCUGAUGAACCUAAAGACACAGAGCCAGAGGACACGAAAUCCUCUAAACACAAGAAGAAAAAGCAGAAGAAAGAAAAGGAGGAGAAGGAGAAGAAAAAGAAGAAGCGACACCACCACCAUCAUCAGCAUCACGGUGACGCCGGAGGGGAGGAUUCAGUGCAGAACGGCACCGUGGAGGAAGAGGAGCCUCUGCCGCCCAUGUCCAACUACUCUCUGUUGGCUGAGAACUCCUACAUCAAGAUGAUGAAAGAAGAUGCUGAUCAGGUGUACGACAUCCAGGGCAACCAUCAGGAUGAGAGCAAAGUUGUGGUGUCGGUCAUCUUCGAGAAUAAGAGCGACAGCUUCCUGAAGUCAAUGGAGUUCAAUGUGCUGGAUUCCCUCAACUCCAAGCUGCAGCGGCCGGAGGGAGCCGGAGCUCACGACAGCCUCACCGUUCCCUUCCAACUGCCACCAGGGGUUUCGAACGAGGCCCGCUUCGUGUUCUCAGUGCAGAGUAUCGUCAUGCCUCAGAAACUAAAGGGAACCCUCACCUUUAUAGUUAAGUCGGAUGAAUCCUCUACUCAUGAGAAACUGGACUUCAAACUGCACUUUACAUGCACGUCAUACCUGAUCACCACUCCCUGUUACAGUGACGCAUACGCAAAGCUGCUGGAGUCGGGCGACCUGAAGGGCAGCUCUCUACGGCUAGAGGGCAUCAACAUGCCCUUCCACCACCUGCUGGCCAGGAUCUGCUUCCACCAUCACUUCUCCGUUGUGGAGAGGAUUGACUCCUGCGCCUCCAUGUAUAGCAGGUCGAUCCAGGGUCACCACGUCUGUUUGCUGGUCAAAACCUCUGAUCAGACGGUCUCCAUCGACGCCAAGUGCGACGAGCCAUCGCUGCUGGGGAAUGUGCUGGAUGAGAUCAAGCAGACCUUCUCGAAAUGCUGAUUGUGUCUGAGAGACCCCUCGCCCUCACCGCCCUGAACCCCCAUCCCAGCGCAGGCUGAACCACACACACUCAGAAUCAUAUAUCGCACUCUGAGACUCGUGUCCCUCCUCUUCCUUUGUAUUUAUUGGAUCAGUCGUUCUGCUGUUCUUCUUUUAAGACCACAAAUUUCAAGUCCCUCUCUUGCCUUUGUUUCCCCUCCUGGACCUCCGACGUGCAUUUUGUUUCUUCAUCCUCUUCCUCAGCUUCUUCGUCUCUCUGACGGUCUUUCCAUUGUCUUAACGGUCCAUGACUUUCAUCUUGAGAACUGGAUUUUUUUCGUUGUCGAUGCUUGAGUUGUGUGCUUUUUUUUAUGUUUUGCGUUGUUGUUU